CUAGGCCAGUGACGCGCACACAGGAGAUUAAUAUGGCGAGCAGCGGCGGCGACGAGAAGGCGGCUGCGGUGGUGCAGAACAAGAAGGUGGUGCUAAGGAGGUACGUCACCGGCCUCCCCACCGAAGAGGAUAUGGAGAUCGUCGUGGACACUAUCGUUCUGCGCGUGCCGGCGGGGCAGACCGCCGUCCUAGUCAAGAACCUCUACCUGUCCUGCGACCCCUGGAUGCGUGACCGCAUGAGCAAGCACGAUGACGGCGACCCCACCGUCCUCGCCCCGGACUUUGUGAUCGGAGAGGCCAUGGUCAAUUUCGGUGUGGGCAAGGUGAUCGAUUCGACGCACCCAGAGCUCACCGCCGGUGACCUCGUGUGGGGGAUGAGUGGAUGGGAGGAAUACACACUCGUCACCCAGACGGAAUACCUGAGCAAGAUCAACCACAAGGAGCUGCCGCUCUCCUACUACACGGGGGUUCUUGGCAUGCCCGGGCUCACAGCUUUCUCCUGCUUCUUCGAGCUGGGCAAGCCGAAGAAGGGCGACUUCGUGUUCGUCUCCGCGGCGUCAGGCGCCGUCGGGCAAGUCGUCGGGCAGCUGGCCAAGAUCGCCGGCUGCUUCGUGGUCGGCAGCGCCGGCUCCGACGAGAAGGUCAGUCUCCUCAAGGACAAGUUCGGCUACGACGACGCGUUCAACUACAGGUCCGAGACCGACCUCGGCGCCGCGCUCAGGAGGUGCCUUCCAGACGGCAUCGACGUCUACUUCGACAGCGUGGGCGGCGCGACGCUGGACGCCGCCCUGCUGCACAUGCGCCACGGCGGCAGGGUCGCGGUCUGCGGCAUGAUCUCGCAGUACGGUCUGGAGGAGCCGUACGGCGUGCGCAACCUGUACUGCAUCAUCGGCAAGACCGUCCGUGUGGAGGGGUUCAACGUUAAUGGCUACUUCCAUCUGUACACGAGGUUCGAGGAGGAGAUGGCGGGCUACAUCAAGGACGGGAAGGUAACCGUCGUGGAGGACGUCGUCGAGGGUAUUGAGAGCGCGCCAGCAUCUCUGAUCGGAUUGUUCUCUGGCAGAAACGUAGGGAAGCAGGUCGUUGCGAUUGCGCAUUCAGGAACUCCGUAACGGUGACGAGAUGAGAAGAACAAGGCUUGGGCCACUUGCCUACUUGUUGUGUGUGAUGUCAUCAUAAGAAGGCUUGGCACCGUUAUAUGCACUACACU